CGGUUGUACUCUACUUAUCUACCGUUGAUGCAACGUUGGCGCACCGGAGAGUUCUUGCACUCAGACUUCACCGGGGUCUCACUUCCAGGAGACGCAGACGCGAGGCCGGUGAUUCCGAAUCAGCGUGAAUCACGGUGUUGAUCCUUCAACGUCACUGAUACACCGGCUUGCUGAUUGCCUCGGUCAUUUCAGUUCAAAAGACGCGGCAGAUAUAUACACUUAGGUAUAUAUAGUGGACUCGCACCAACCCGUUCGUGUUUCCCCGCCAGUUCUUGGGCCAUAUUGACUCCUCGGUGACACGAUGCAGAAGCAGGAUCAAGCAGCGGCGGACGCGCUUGAGCUCGCGCGACUUGGAUACAAGCAGGAGUUCAAGCGUGCUUUCUCUCCGAUACACGUAUUUGCACUCGUGUUCAGCAUAUUUGGGCUGUUCUCCUCGAUCUCAUCAGUUCUGGUAUAUGCACUUCCCAACGGAGGUCCUGUAGCUAUGGUUUGGGGCUGGGGAGUGUGCAGCUUCUUCAUUCUGUUGGUGACUAUGUCGCUUGCCGAACUUGGUUCUGCUGCACCUACUUCGGGAGGUCUUUAUUACUGGUCGUUCAAGUUUGCAUCACCACGAUGGCGCAGACUGAUCUCGUGGAUCGUCGGAUAUUCGAACACGAUCGGUCUCGUUGCUGGUGUCGCAUCUACUGAAUGGGGAUGUGCUGUUCAGUUGAUGGCGGCGGUCAGCAUUGGUUCCGGUCAAACAUGGUCUGCAACAACAGGGCAGACAUACGCCGUCUUCUUGCUCCUUCUAUUCUUGCAUGCUGCCACUACCUCACUGACCACUUCGGUUGUCGCACACCUUCAGACCAUCUACGUCGUUCUUAACAUUGUACUUUGCUUGGCGAUCAUCGUUGCGCUGCCGGUCGCAACGCCGGCGGAGUUCAAGAACAAUGCGAGCUAUGCUUUUACAGGAUUUGUCAAUUACAGCGGAUGGACGAACGGUUUUGCCUUCAUUCUAAGUUUCCUCGCGCCGCUGUGGACGAUCUCCGGCUUCGACUCGUCUCUCCAUAUCAGUGAGGAGACGAACAAUGCUCGAAUCGCCGUACCUCUCGGACUCGUCGGUGCAACCGCCCUCGCAGGUGUGAUGGGAUGGGCAAUCAACGUUGUACUGGCAUUCAACAUGGGCCAGGAUAUUGAGGGCCUCCUGGACAGCCCGAUAGGACAGCCGAUGGCAGCUAUUUUGUUGAACAGUUUCGGUCAGAAAGGUAUGCUAGCCAUAUGGUCCAUUGUUGUUGUGGUGCAAUACAUGGUGGGCAUGAGCUCUCUUGUUGCCUCUUCUCGCCAGACGUUCGCAUUUGCCCGUGAUGGCGGUCUACCUUUUUCGGGGUUCCUCUACCGAGUAAAUCCUCGCACCCAAACGCCGAUCAGAUGUGCCUUCGCCGUCGCAUUUAGCUCCGCUUUGCUCGGCCUGUUGGCGUUCGCCGGUGAUGCAGCCACGUCUGCUCUGUUCGAACUGGGCGUUGUGGGACUCUACAUUGCCUAUAUGGUCCCGAUCGCAUGUCGGUUUGCUGGUAGAAAGGCGUGGGUUCCCGGCCCUUUCGACCUCGGCAGAAUGGGCCUCCCCGUAGCGGCUGUUUCGUUGCUCUGGCUGAUUUUUGGCAUCACCAUUCUCAUAUUCCCCACUUCACCUGCACCCGACGCCCCAGACAUGAACUACACGGUUGUCGUGCUCGCCGCAUGGCUCGCGCUCUGCUUGGGAUACUACUACUUGCCCAGAUACGGUGGAGUCCACUGGUUCAAGGGGCCCAUCGCUAAUAUUGACAUUGGGGAAGAUGAAACAAUUGCAAAGAGCGAAGAUCCUACGAAGGGAGCAGUGGACACGAGCACGAGCAGUAUCGACGACGGCGAGAAACUUUGAGGCGGUGACGGUGUCAUGAUUGACUCCGUUGCUUCUUCUAGUAUGGCGCUAGAUAUUCAUGUCAUUAUGAGCCAGCUAAGUUACAUGAUGCUACAGUACAGGCCGGAUUCGAGGCACGUUCAGUUCGGAUUGUAAGUAAGUACGUAGAUGAUACUAGGGUUCCCGAGACGCCGGUACUUACUGCAGACGAGUACAGCCGCUUACUCAAAUUAUCAUGUCGAGGUUCGAUGUAGCUCAACCA